ACAGCUGUUGCCAGUCCCGCGGUUUGUGAAGCUCUAGUUAAGAAUUAGGAGUCGUUUUGGCGACUAAAUGGACAAACUCUGUUUGCGGCUGGGUACCACUGUAAGUAGUUGUUAGCUAAGUGCUAACCUGAGUUUACCUGCAUCAUCACAAGGGGUGGUUAAGAGAACUUAACCAUUAUAUUUCAUGUUAAUAUUAGCAGGUUCAGGCUGUAAUCUCUCCUUGGAAGUGAAGAUCCGAGAUGGAAAACUUCAUUCUGUAUGAAGAAAUGGGAAGAGGUAGCAGGUCUGUUGUUUAUAAGGGUAGAAGGAAGGGGAGCAUUCACUUUGUGGCUAUUCUCUGUGGUGAAAAAUCCAAGAGGCCUGAGCUGACCAACCAUGUACGGCUCACACAUGAUAUGAAGCAUGAUAAUGUGGUCUCUUUCUAUGAGUGGUAUGAGACCAGUAAUCAUCUCUGGCUGGUGGUUGAAUUGUGCACAGGAGGGACGCUGAAAGCAGUGAUUUCUCAGGACGAAUGCCUGUCCGACGAUGUUGUGCGAGAAUUUGCCAUGGACCUGAUUAGAGGGCUUAAAUACGUCCAUGACUCUGGCGUAGUGUUUUCUGACCUCACCCCUGCUAAGAUUUUACUGGAUGGCCCCGGUACUCUGAAGUACUCGAAUUUCUGUCUGGCCAAAGCACAGGGAGAAAACCUAGAGGAGUUUUUCACGCUUGUGAUGUCUGAGGAUGGAGGUGACGGCAAAGAGAGUUGGACUCCUCACAAAAAUAUCAAGAACCGAACGCAAGGUUCUCCGCUGUACUGCGCUCCAGAGGUGCUGAAAGGUGAAGCCACCAGCAUUUCGAGUGAUCUCUGGGCGCUGGGCUGCAUCCUCUACGAGAUGUUCACAGGAAAGCCACCGUUCUUCUCUGAGACUUACACUGAUUUGGUUGAUCUGAUUUUACACGCCGAUCCGCCGCCUCCAGUGCAAAAAGGACCCGGUUGUUUACAGUCUAGUCCUGAAUUCCACAGCCUGCUGUUUGGUCUGCUGCAGAAAAAUCCUCUGAAUAGGCUAAACUGGGAGCAAGUGUUGCAGCAUCCGUUUUGGAGGGGAGCAUUUUCAGUAGAUGCCCAUUCUGAAGCUAAUGAAGACGAAGUCGCCCAUCUUGACUCCAGUGUACAGUUGGUGUCACUGUCAUCUCAGACGGCAGUGAAAGGCCAGACAGUGGCAGCUGGUGCCAUUAGUCCACACCUCAGCAAGUCCUUCACACUGGCUAACAUGACCGAGUUUAAACCCAAGUCUGUGUUGGAUGCAGAUGCCAGAGAGUCUAUUUUCCUUCUCAGUUCACGUCCAACUCCAAGAACGAGCAGCGCUGUGAAUGAGAUGGAAAACACAGAAGUAAAGACACAUGACGGCAGUGUGUCGGAGGAUUUACAGAGUGAUUAUCGCGUCCAAAUCAAAGAGCUCAUAUACACAGACUCCGAUCUGACUGUGACUCCUAUCAUGGACAAUCCAAAAAUUUUAAAAACUGCUCCUGUCAGAUUUGACUCCAAAACUCUGUGUGUAACGGCGCAUUCAGCCGAGCGCUUGGCAUGUCUGGACGCGGGGGACUGGGCGUCGUUCCUGCAGCAGGUCUGCGCCGCUCUGGACUCAGUGGACCGAGCUGGAUCAGGAGCAACGACACCGAGGGCUAAACUCAACCUGCUGUGUUAUCUGUGCUGCGUUUGUGGCCACCGAGACACAGCCACACGCUUCAUGCACUCCCAGCUGAUGCCGGUGUUGAUCCAGCAGCUUCGCCAGGCCCCCAACUGGGACGUGAGGACCAAAGUGAUCCGACUCAUCGGCCUGUUGAGCUGUCAUUGCACCGAGCUUAAGGAAGAUGUUCCUGUUAUAGAAGCCCUGACCGUGUUCACCGAGCUCCUCCGUGAGAACUUUAGGAACACUAAGCUGAAGCAAUGCCUUUUACCACCACUAGGGGAGCUGCUCUAUCUCAUUGCUGCUCAGGAGGAGAAGAAAGAGCACCCAGGAGGAUUGUGGGUCGUUCCUGCUGCCGCCUACACUGUGUUAAUGAGGUGCCUUCGGGAAGGGGAGGACUCGGUGGUGAACCACAUGGCAGCAAAAAUCAUUGAGAGCGUGUGCAGCAGGCAGUGCCCGUGUGCUCAGGGCUUCAUCUCAGCAGAAGUUGGUCCCUCUCUCUGGUACCUGUUCACACACUCCACUGUGGACGCUCUGAGGGUCAGCGCUAUGUCUGCUCUGUGUAGGAUCACCCGACACUCAGCGGGAGCUUUUCAGAGCGUCAUCGACAAAGUUGGACUACCCAGCAUUCUCAGCUGCCUGGUGUCGGGAAUCAGCCGGGUACAGCAGCAGAUGCUGACCAUGUUCGCCGCCAUGCUGGCCUCCGGAGCGCAUCUGCACAGGCUGGUACAGGACAGGGACUUUGUUGUGAAGAUAAUCCGCUCUCUGGAGAGUCCGUCCUCAAUCAUCCGAGCCAAGGCCUUCCUGGUGCUCCUGCAGGUUCUCAUUAAUAACAGGGAAAUGCUCCCGCUGUGCUGGAACUCCAGGCUGGUGAUGUAUAUCGAGAGAGACACCCGAAAAGCCACGCCAGGGAAAGAGCAGCAAAGUGCCAAUGAAUACCUGUCAAAAUGCCUGGCCCUAUUCAUCCGUCACACCGUGCGAGAGCUGCCAGCUAUUCUGGAUGACGUCCUGUGUGCAUUAGGGAGCAUUGUGGGAAGAAAACACCCCUCUACUGCCCAGACUCGUCAGCUCAGACAGAACCUGCCCAUGAUGUCUGUGGUGCUGAACCUACUUACCUCACAGAUCUUCAGGCCUCAGGUGGUGAACGAGGAGUUUCUCAUUAAAUUCGGAGCGCUUCUGAAUCACAUCACAUCCAUCGAUUCCAAUGAGACCAGUUUGGGAGGUGCUGUGGGACAGACAGCGGCUGAGGAACUGAUCCGAAACACAUUAUCAGCAGUGGAGGCCAUCUCCCAGCACCCCGCCCUUCUGAGCGCUCACCACAGCACUGUCGUGGAUUCGAUCCUGCCGCCCUUGGCGUCUCUGGCCUUAAGUAAGAACGUGGAAUGGAGGAUCGUGAGUUUACGCGUUCUCGCUGAGAUCACUCUGCUGUUACUGAGCCAUGAGGGUGUGGAGACGGGAGAGAGACGAGACCAGGGAUCAUGUGAUGAGAGCAAAUCCUCAAACACACGCCUGCUGAAUCUGAUAACCGAGGCCCUGCUGCCACAGUUUGAAUCUUUGCUGCUGGAGGCCGAUCCGAUACCCGUCUACGCCCUCAAACUUCUGGCGUCCCUCACUGAGCACAGUACACGCAUGAACAGGCUCGUCCAGGAGAGUCGUCUCUUGCCUGUUAUCUUCCAGGUUAUUGUGGAGCAUCAGAGCAGCGUCCUCGGCGGCACCAUGCAGAACGCCAUGGCUCUCCUGGCUAAUCUAAUUGGACGAAAGGACGCAGACCUUCAGCCUUUCUACCAGCAAGGUAUAAUGGAGCUGGUGUGUGCUGUGUUUAUGGAGACUGCAGCCUCGUACAUGGAGAAAGAAGAACGAUGUGGACUGAAGAGCUCCUCCACCCUGCUGCUCUUCCUGCUGGACAUCGUUCACUCUCUGCUCAAACACCUCUCCUCCGUCGUCCGACAGGCCCUACAGUCUGACGCUGAUGGAGACACUGAAGCAGCAGAAGAGCUCUUACUGGUGAACAAGCCUCUCACGGACCUGAGCAAUCUCCUCAUUCAGAUGCUCCCGUGCGGCGACGGUGAGGUGUACGAGGAGGCCAGCCAGUGCGUGUCGCUGCUCGCUCAGCUGUACGGAGGCGACGCCGCUGACCGUUUGAGCCCCGAGGACCUGAUCAGCCUCGCCCGCUCACUGCAGCUGAACCCCGAACCCAGACAGCAGAGGCUGCUGCUCCGCGUCCUGAAGAGACUGAUGGGUGCAGCGGAGAGCUCCAGCUGGGGUUCAGACGAGGGUCAGAACCUGCUUCACGUGCUGAGGAAACUGGCGCACGACAGCAGGUCCCAGUCUGAUCCUACAGUGACGACAUUAGCUGCUGAGAUUCUGAAGGGCGUCGGAUGCUGAGAUGAAGCCGCUGAAGCUUCACACUCAGACCUGCAGUAAAUGUAACGAGGUCUGAAUUUCAUGUCAUAAACUAGAAGAAUGUAAAGUGUUUAGUUCUGAAUGUAAAUAGAACAUUUUACGUUUCCUUAUAAACCUUCAUUUGACCUAAAAGGUGCAGAGUGAAAGUGACUAUAGAGACGUUAUAUAAUGAGUUACAGUAGGUUGGUCCUGAUCCCCUCAUUUCAGCAGCCCAGUAAUUAUCAGACUAGGGAAGGACAUGUUAACAUCAUUGUUAUUUGUUUAACUAUUCAGAUGCUGUAACCUUGCACUAAUAAAAUAAAAAUACAUUAUUUUAA